AUGAAUAACUCUACAGUAAACUUCACCACACCUGAAUCAUCGCCAACUUAUUUCUUUGAGCUAGCAGACAGUCGGAGAAUGUUUGUCUUUGGCAUCAGUUUCAUGUUUGGUUUUCCUACACACUCCUAUGUUAUAUGGCUCAUCAUCACAGGAGCAAGAAGUGGAGUUGCAUCGGAGUUCUUCGUCCUUAAUUUGUCUUUUUGUGAGGUCGGAAGCAGCCUCAAUGCAAUGUUUGGCCUACUGUCACAUUUGUUCUCAAGUCUCACAAUAUUAACACUUUUUCUUCAAGGAUUAGGCAUCACUGGUCGUCCUCUGUUUCAGUGUUUGAUCUCUGUUGAGCGUUACCUGGCAGUGGUUCAUCCUGUAACCUUUCUGAAGUACAAACCUCUCAGAUAUAGAGUGAUCUGCUGCACUGCGGCCUGGAUAAUCACUCUCAGCUCCUCAUUGUUGUUCUGCAUCUUUAUUGUAGUAUCUCUCAAAACAGAGCCAUACAUAUGGUUUUCCUCAACAGCAUUCCUCCUCUUAUUCUCCAUCCAGUUGUUUUGUCUUGUGGCUGUUCUCAGAGCUCUGAAGCAGUCGGGACCAGGAGAGAGAAGGAGAGAGAGGGAGGAGAAAAACCACAUGAAGAAAAGAGCAUUUUAUCUUAUUCUGAUAACAACAAUGAACAUGAUUAUCCUAUAUGUGCCAUUUAUCAUCACAGGAUUCUUUGUCAUUCUAACUCAACAGGAGAUUGUCAACUUUUGGUUUCCUGCAUAUCUUUUUUAUGUGCUGGCUGGUUUUGUUCAGCCUGUUCUUUAUUUACAGCGGGCUGGAAAACUCUCCUGCCUCUGUUCUUCAUAA